GACUGGGCGUGCAAGAAGGGCAAAGUUUAUGCUUUUGUCCUAUCGUUCUUUGUCUCUAUAUAAGUAUCUUUCACAACAGCCGCUUCUCCCUCGUCUCUCAAUCAUCUCUCGCUAGGUUUCUGCCAUUUUCAUGAAACCUUAAUUCUUCACUCCUCUCUCUCUCUCUCUCUCUCCCGUCCCUUUUUUUUUUUUUUUUCCUUCAGCGGUUUGGGAGAAUAGUUCCGAUCAAAGAGCCUAUUUUUUAGCCAGCACAACGACUGCACUCCUCUCUUCUCGAUCUAGGAAGCAAAGCAAACCUCGUGAAUUGGCCAUGGAGCCGUAUGCAGAAGAAGCAAUAAAUGAAAAUGAUUGUAACAUAGAAGAUAAAUUGCCUGUAGAGAUCUAUUGCUCUUCUGACACUCUUGUAGGUUCGAAUGAUGGACCCUGCAAUGGGUUUGAUUGUAAUAUUUGCAUGGAUUCUGUAGAGGACCCAGUAGUCACACUUUGUGGUCACCUUUACUGCUGGCCCUGCAUAUACAAAUGGCUUCAUUUGCAAAGCAUCUCUUCUGAAAACGAAGAUCUGCAGAUGCAGCAGCAAUGUCCUGUGUGCAAGGCAGAAGUUUCUAAAGAAACCUUGAUUCCGAUUUUUGGAGGAGGCCAAAUUACAAAACCCUCUAAAAGCAAAGUCCCAAAUAUUGGAAUAAUCAUUCCUAGAAGACCUUUUGGCCUUGCAUGCGGAUUUGAUUCACCAAGAUCAUCUUUCAGAAGUAGCACUCCAAGCCCAAGGCAGCAAAUUUAUCACGGUGGUUAUCUUCAUAGUCCAUCAAUGCUUAGCCCAAGUGAGGCAACAAUAAACAUGUACAAUCCAAUGAUCGGAAUGUUUGGGGAAAUGAUUUAUGGAAGGGUGUUUGGUAACUCUAUAACCAAUAUUUAUGGCCACCCGGGUUCAUAUAAUAUCGCAGGAAGCAAUAGCCCUAGAAUGAGAAGGCGCAUUCUGGAGGUUGACAAGUCACUUAGCAGAAUCUGCUUUUUCCUCUUCUGUUGUGUGUUCUUAUGUUUCCUGUCAUUUUGAUAUGCAGUUGAUUUGGAAAAUAUUUCGAAAAAAAAUUACAUGCACAACCGGAUGUAACUUAGGCUCCAUAGCUAUUGCAUAUUGUGUGUUGUGCUUGCUAAAUUUCUAAUUAUGCCUAAAUUUUUAUAUUCAGUAU